AUGGUUCGUUCGAAUCCGCUCUUGAUAAGUGUGUACACGACGGGUCAGACGUUACCUACCGAUUCCAACCUAAAAGUUUUUUAUUCUCGUGAAGCCGGGUCUACGACAGCACGGAUAUAUUACAUCGAUCAAAAGUCAGGGGCGUUACUCGUGGUCGCCUCGUUAAGGAUGUUCGCCUGCCAGGAAAGUUCCGACAUGGAGAUCGCGGGUUCAAAUAACUGCAGCACCACGGAUAGCUUCGUGAUAUUCCAUCCCCUGAACGGGAGCGAUCCGGGAUUGGAGCCGGAGCUCGUUCUAGCCGACGACGUCAAGGAAGAGAGCAACGUGUCGCACUUGAAGACCCUGACUUUGCCCAAGGAUUGGGAGGACUCCGGACCGAAACUGAACUUUCCGAAAAUCUCUGCCGAGGAGCGCUUCAAGAUGCCCGGCCUCCACUUGGACCAGGGGAUUUUUAUCUUUGACUUCCUUAGAAGAUUUCUCUUCGUCGUCCAGCCCUACGACGUGCCCAUCGGUUUGAUCACGGACGCCAUUGAAAGCCGGAUCACGAUCUCCGCGCUGAUAUCGAAGUCCAUGCACGUGGAAGCGGCCUUCCUGGGGGCCCUGGGUGUUUGUUGCGUGUUGGCGUGCGUGAUUCCUGGCACGGAACUCUGGCUCGCCUGUCGUCCAAUCAGAGCAGGAUACGAGCCUUCUCGUCACCCUGGAGUCCUUGCCUUUUUCCUCGGGAUUUUCAUCUUCGUCAUAGGCUCCGCCAUGGUGACGAUGAUGGUGUGCAACGAGUUGGUCAGCAUGGGGAUAGAAAAAUUGCCGGUGGUGGCGGAAACCGCGAUCCAGGAUUUAGGGGACUAUCACUCCGGCACGGCGGUGCAACUCAGGAAAUUGCUCACCAGAAGCCUCGACGUCGCCAGCGAGGCGAUUCUGGUGGACCUGGACAACGCGGAGGAGCUCCUGGGAAAGCCGGUGCAAGCGGAGCUGGCCGCGGAGACGGGUUUGGACGUCGCCUUGGACGCCCUCCUGGACGUGGCGAACGCAACUCGGGAACUUUCCCAACGAGCGGAGGCGUUGCUGCAGGAAGGACAGCGAGCCAAAGACCUGGGGGACACCCUGAGUCGAGAGGCGAACGAUCUCCGCCGAGAGCUGGAGGCUGCGUCGAGGAAUUGUCCUCCCCAGGAUCGCUCGCUGUGCGCGGUCCUCGAGCCUUCCGGCCUCUACGUGGCCCUUCGUCUGGAAAGACUGCUGCGAGACGAUCGCCUGCUUCGCCUGCGAGGAACCGGACGAGAAAAUCUGACGGAAGUUGGACGGCAAGCUCGAGGAGAGUACCUUUACGUUCCCGUCCACGUGUCGAGGUCUACCUUGGAUGCCAGGAACGACAUUCGCAGGGAGAUAAAUUCGGCUCGCUCCAGAAUCGGCGAGCAGGCUCGAAGUUUGGAGAUCAGCAGCUCCGAGCUCUCCAAGCAUUUGGAUUCGGCGAGGAGGGUCACCGGCUACAUAAUUCCCUACCUCGAAAAUCUCGACGACAUUCGAUGGUUCGUUGGCAUAGGCACCGUGGUAUGCGUCCUUUUGGUUUGGUCCUUGCUGGUAGCAGCCCUUUGCUGUCGCUGCGGAUCUUCCGAGGAGAAGACGAGGCCCAUACUUUUAUGCUCGGUCCUGCUAGCCUGUUUCGUCUCGAUCGGUCUAUGGGGCGUCUUCGCGAUGACUCUGGCAAUUUCCAGCCAUACGGAGAUGCUGAUUUGCCGACCACUGUACGAUCCAGAUUUUCGAACCGUAGAGGCCAUUCUCGAGACCCGAGCGUUUCUGGGAAGGAGACUGAGUCUUUCUCUGAGAGACCUCUUUCGAAAAUGCGAAAAGAACGAGGCAGCCUAUCCAGCUUUCCAACUGGGAAGCUCGAUGAAACUGGAGCAACUCACGGCUCACUGGACCUGGUCCGGGUUGUCGAGAGCGUUGUCCAGGUUGAAAGUCGACCUGAAAGGACUCAGGAUCCUCACGCCUAAUCUGCAACUCAAACUGCAGAGCCUGUUCUAUGCCUGUGGUCCAAAUUUGACCGAGCAUAGACUAAUGAUCCAAGGGCCGAUCUUGAACAAGGACUUGGGCGCCAUGUCCGAUCAGAUGGAAAACGUGGCUCGUCAGAUAAAGGACAGAACCACCGCUAGGGAGUUCGACGGAAUCGCCUCGUCCAUGAGGACCUUAUUGUCGCGACGAGUGAAACCCUUGAUGAAGCUCCAAGACGAAUUGGUCUACCAAUUGGCAGCCUUGGAGCUGCAAUUGAUCCCUCUUCAGCGACAAGUCAAUCAGUCCAUCUCCCACCUGAAAACCAUUCAGUAUUACAUCGACAAUCAGGGGGAGCAGAUCGCCCAGCUGAAAACAAAAUCGUACACGGAUCGACUUAGCGGAUAUCUGGAUCAAUGGCGAACGCAUACACUUUCGGAGAUGGGAGAAGGGGUGGCAAAGUGUGGACCGUUAUGGGAUAUUCUAAACGGUGUCAGAUCGAUAAUAUGCCAACAUAUCCUCGGCGCAAUGGAUGGUUUCUGGUUCGCCGUCUUAAUUUGCGCCAUCGUAAUGAUGGCGAGUACUCCCAUGUCGCAUGCCCUGGCCUCGGUCUACAGAAAGGAGAGUUCCGUUAAGGAAAUGGCUCUUCUAGCGUCCAGAACAGAAAGUCCCGACACGGUAGUUGUCGAGCAGGAGACUUGGAGGACUCCGGAACCACCACCUCCCCAAGAGAACUGGUGACGAGAGUUUCCGCUGGGUUCACCGUUCAACGAGUUACCCGCAACGUUACAGUGCUUUUGUAAUAACGUUUUUAUUUGACGUAUACAAUCUAUAUACGAAGACCCUUGCCAAGAG